GUGGUCCACGAUGUGUCGUCGUCGUCACCAACGCGCUUCGCUCGCCGCCGCUCGCCGUCCCUCCCGGCCCGUUGUAUUAAGGCCUUCGCCUUGAUGCUAGCUGAGAGGCCUCAAUGCAAUCCGCAGCUUGGCAGCUCAUCUAAGCUUGCCCACACACACGCGAGCUGAUUCCACGAGCAGCUAGCGCUCAUGGCAGCCAUGCAAGGGCCACGAGCGAUGCGGGCCCUCUCCGUCCUCCUCCCCGUUCUCCUGCUAACGAGCCAGCUCGCCGGCGCCAGCCCCCCGCCGGAUCCGGUGUCCUGCGCGCGCGGCACGUCCGACUGCACGGUCACCAGCACGUACGGAUCCUUCCCGGACCGCACCAUCUGCCGAGCCGCCAACGCCACGUUCCCGAGCACUGAGCAGGAGCUGGUGGCUGCCGUGGCGGCGGCUGCGGCCGCCUGGCGCAAGGUCAAGGUGGCCACCAGCCACUCCCACAGCUUCCCCAAGCUGGCCUGCCCGGGCGGCCGCGACGGCACCAUCAUCAGCACCGAGCGGCUGAACCGGACGGUGAGCGUCGACAAGGCCAGGCGGCUCCUCACGGUGGAGAGCGGCAUGCUGCUCAGGGACUUGGUCAAGGUCGCCGCCGACGCCGGCCUGGCGCUGCCGCACUCGCCCUACUGGUACGGGCUCACCGUCGGCGGCAUGCUGGCCACCGGCGCGCACGGGAGCUCGCUCUGGGGGAAGGGCAGCGCCGUGCACGAGUACGUCGUCGGGAUCAGGAUCGUCACGCCCGCGCCGGCCAGCCAGGGGUUCGCCGUCGUCCGGGAGCUCGGCGCCAGCGACCCCGACCUCAACGCCGCCAAGGUCUCCCUCGGCGUCCUCGGCGUCAUCUCUCAGGUUACUCUUGAGCUGCAGCCGCAGUUCAAGCGGUCAGUGACGUUCGUGACGCGCGACGACAAGGACAUGGCGGCGAAGCUGGCCUCGUGGGGCGGCCUCCACGAGUUCGGCGACGUGUCGUGGCUGCCGCGGCAACGCAAGGCCAUCUACCGCGAGGACAACCGCGUCGACGUCUCCACGCCGGGCAAUGGCCUCAACAACUACCUCGGCUUCCGGGCGCAGCCCACGCUGGGGCUCCUCACCGCACGGGCCGCCGAGGAGUUGCUGGAGAAGAACGGAACCGACAUCGCUCGGUGCCUGGCGGCGCGGCUGCCGGCGGCGACGUUCGAGCUCCAGGCCUACGGCCUCACCAACGACGGCGUCUUCUUCACGGGGUACCCGGUGGUGGGGUUCCAGCACCGGAUCCAGGCAUCGGGCACGUGCAUCGACAGCCGCGAGGACGCGCUGCUCUCCGCCUGCACGUGGGACUCCCGCAUCCGGGGCCCUUUCUUCUACCAGUCCGGCUUCAGCGUCGCCAUGCCCAAGGUGCCGGCGUUCGUCGACGACAUGCAGCGGCUGCGCGACCUGAACCCGCGCGCCUUCUGCGGGAUGGACGCCAAGCUGGGCGUGCUCAUGCGCUACGUCAGGGCCUCGUCGGCGUACCUCGGCAAGGCGGAGGACUCGCUGGACUUCGACGUCACCUACUACCGGAGCUACACCGAGGGCGCGCCGCGCGCGCACGCCGACGUGUACGACGAGCUCGAGCAGAUGGCGCUGCGCAAGUACGGCGCCAUGCCGCACUGGGGCAAGAACCGCAACUUCGCCUUCGACGGCGCCAUCGCCAAGUACCCCAGGGCGGCCGAGUUCCUCAAGGUCAAGGACAGGUACGACCCGGACGGCAUCUUCUCCAGCGAGUGGAGCGACCAGGUGCUCGGCAUCAACGGCAGCAGCCCCAACGUCGUCGGCGCCGGCUGCGCCAUCGAGGGCCUCUGCGUCUGCUCCGACGACUCCCACUGCGCGCCGGAGCAGGGAUACUUCUGCCGCCCGGGGAUGGUGUACACGGAGGCCAGGGUCUGCAAGUUCGAACGCACGGCCCGUCUCGUCGACCAAGUGUGAGUAGAAUUGUGGUUACUGUUAGAAUAAACCACGCCAUGUGUGUUUGUGGUCGUGGUGGCGUGCGUGUCAGGUUAGUUGGUGCACGAGUUGUGUUUGAAUUCGCGUUCAGUAUUGAGUCCAUGCAUGUCAAGUUCAGGACGACUGGGCUAGAAGAGCGCAGGAUGUGUGGAUUAGGCCUUGGGCUGAUAGAACAAUUAUAUAGGGGCCGACCAUGACUCACUUUGUUUCUCGGCCCAUAGGAGGAGGAGACAACGGUAAUCCCGGCCCUAUUUGGAGGAACGAAUGCCCCCCCGUGAUUUGGGCCUCUCUC